GCGGGGCUGGGUUUGGUGCGCUGAUGUCACAGCUGUGUGCGGUUGUGUGUGCGGUGCCUGACUCUGCUGUUGGAGAUGGCCACCUCAGUUAAAGUCCCACGUAAUUUCCGCUUGUUGGAGGAGCUGGAGGAGGGGCAGAAGGGCGAGGGCGACGGCACAGUGAGCUGGGGCCUGGAGGACGAUGACGACAUGACCCUGACCAAGUGGAGAGGCAUGAUCAUCGGACCGCCACGUACCAAUUAUGAGAACAGAAUAUACAGCCUGAAGGUGGAGUGUGGGCCUGGGUAUCCAGACACAGCCCCAACUGUUAGAUUUGAAACGAAAAUUAGCAUGAACGGGAUAAAUAAUUCAAACGGGACGGUGGACUCGCGUAGCAUACCAAUCUUAGCUAAAUGGCAGAAUUCUUAUAGUAUUAAAAUAGUUCUUCAAGAGCUAAGGCGUCUAAUGAUGUCCAAAGAGAACAUGAAGCUUCCACAGCCCCCUGAAGGACAAUGCUACAGCACCUAAUCAUCAUGGAUUCUUUUGACCCUCUGUCUUAAAAAUCUUACUCUUAGAAUUAUUGUGUAAAAACAUCAAGAGGCUCACUUCACACAUCAACAAAAUUCAGAGCAGCAUUGGACUUUUUCUUCGUUAAUAGCUCAUUUAAAAAAAAGCCCCCCUCUGAUAGAAAGGCAAUGAGCCCACGGCCUUUAGCAAAAGAUCCGAACGGCUGCUUUCUGUUUGAGUGGGCUGGGAAGUGGGAAGCAUGACGCCACACUGAGGUUGUACCAAACUCCUCCCAAAUAAUCUUAGUUUUACGACAACAAAGGCAUGUAACUAAUAUCUAGUCAAAGAGAAGCCAUUUUGAGUUUGUUAGUUAAGUAUAGCAGGUUCAUUUCAAAAUAUCAUGCAGAUGCUGAAGUGGCGGUAGUUUAAAAGUAGUAUCACACGGUAUGAGAGAUUUUUUUUAUAAAUAUAUAUUAUUAUAUAUCUGUAUUUGACACCAAUUCGUUCUGUUCUGCAGCUCUUUGACAUGUGACAGACGUUCAAGCCUGUUCCGUUCUGAAAAAAACAAAAAAACAAUUGCAUUUAACUUCUAGUGGCAGGUGUAUGAACUUGUAAUUUUCUGAAAUUAAAGUCACUCUCUGCAAAACUA